CCUGGAAAAGAGGGGCUGCCGGCCUGCCUCCUGUUUGUAUUGAACUGCUGCACAUCUGGGUGUAAAACACUCGUGCUUUCCUUUGACAGCUUUUGUAAAUGGUUUUAGCUCAAGCGCCUAAGAGUUCAGCUGCAGAAGGGAUAUAACAAAGUUAAGUGCUUCCCCUGCGCUGUCAUUUCAGUCCUUUACAGGCCUUACGUUGGCCUGAUUUCCGUGGGGAUUACAAGUGGAUCAGUUCCAUCUUCAUGUGUAAGCUUUGUAACUUAUUUUCACCAAAUCAGUCCGAACUAUUGUCUCAUGUCUCUGAGAAGCAUACAGAAGAAGGAACCAAUGUGGAUGACAUCAUUAUUCCCCUCCAACCUCUAACAACACCCACAAACUUAAACAAAGAUGGAGAAGAGCUUCUUGUGGUGAAGAGGAAAAGGGGCAGACCAAAAGGGUCUACUAAGAAGUUUUGUGUGGAUGAAGAUGUGGCAGAAAAUAACCCUGCUCCAAGUGAAGAAACUCCACCUGGGACAGAAGAAGGACCAGAACUGUCUGAAGUCUCACCAGGCAGCUUGGAAUGUAAGAAAUGCAAUCGGAAAUUCUCCAACACACGUCAGCUGAGGAAACAUAUCUGCAUUAUUGUUUUAAAUGAAGGAGAGGAAGAAGGAGAUGGAGGUAAUGAUUCUGACGUUGACCUUGACAGGAAGGAAGAUGAGCGAGAGAAAACUCCAAAGAGGCCCAGAGUUCAGAAAACAGAGAAAACUCCAUCAACUAAGGAGACUGAACAGGUUUCAGGACCUAAAAAUACUAUUAUAAGUGUGGUUUUGACAGCCCAUGAAGCCAUUCCAGGAGCCACAAAAAUUGUUCCUGUUGAGGCUGCUCCCCAAGAAAGUGAACCUACAAUUCCAGAGGCAACAGUUCAAGACCCGUCACAACGAAGAGGAUAUCAAGAAUAUGCCAUUCAGCAAACCUCAUAUGAACAGGCAAUGAAAUCAAGCAGGUUGGGUCCAACUCAACUGAAGAUUUUUACAUGUGAAUACUGUAACAAGGUGUUCAAAUUUAAACACUCCCUCCAAGCACAUUUGAGGAUUCAUACAAAUGAAAAGCCUUACAAGUGUUCAUACUGCAGUUAUGCCAGUGCAAUCAAAGCCAACCUUAAUGUUCACAUGCGGAAACAUACAGGGGAGAAGUUUAGCUGCGAUUAUUGUACGUUCACCUGUCUCAGCAAAGGCCAUCUCAAAGUCCAUAUUGAAAGAGUUCAUAAGAAGAUUAAGCAGCAUUGUCGCUUCUGCAAAAAGAAAUACUCAGAUGUUAAAAACCUGAUCAAACAUAUCAAGGAAACGCAUGACCUUCAAGAUAAAAAGGUGAAGGAUGUUUUUGAUGAGCUUCGUUUGAUGACACGAGAGGGCAAAAGACAACUUCUUUAUAACUGCCAUAUUUGUGAACGCAAAUUCAAAAAUGAGCUUGAUCGAGACCGUCACAUGCUUGUUCAUGGUGAUGAAAGGCCCUUUGCUUGUGAGCUCUGUGGUCAUGGAGCCACUAAAUACCAAGCCCUUGAGCUUCAUGUUCGAAAGCACCCAUUUGUAUACGUGUGUUCCGUGUGCCUGAAGAAAUUUGUCAGUUCUGUAAGACUCCGUGCUCACAUCAAAGAUAUGCAUGCAGAUUUGCAGGAAACUUCCGUUUUUAACAGUUCUAUCAAUCAGAGUUUCUGUCUGCUUGAGCCAGGAGGUGAUAUCCAGCCGGAAGCCCUUGGUGAACAGCUGGCACAAAGUGCGGAUAAAUUGACUAUCGUGAGUACUGAUGCUAUUAACAUACCACAACCAUCUGCUUCUAAAGGUGAAUCAACAGCUGCAGAUGUAAACCAUAAUGGUCAACAUAAUGGUGACUUAAAAAUUGAUACGGUUCCUUCCUUAAAAUUUGAAAAUCCUCUGGUGGAGAAUGUAACAGAGACGUUGUGUCAGUCAGCAGAUAUAGCAGUCCCAAAUAUUCAAUCCUGUGUAGCAUCAGAUUGCUUUCUGCUGAAAAACGGUACUUCUGGUCCUGACGAGUUACAAGUUUCUCCUGCAAAUAAAGAGGAAGUUAAUCACUCCAGUUCUGAAAUGCAGCUUUUGCUGUCUGAAGACAAAAGUUUAAAUCCGAGUCAGAACAAUGUAGUGACUGAGAACCUUUCAGUCUCUGAAGAGAGAAAUGAAUCUGUUCCUUAUAGUGAAUCAGAAACAAGCAAUCCACCAAUUCAAAAUUCAGCAGAAACCACAAACCCUUUGCCGGCACCAGAAGCUAAUGCAGCCAUCAGUCCACAGGCAGCCUCUUCCAAUUCAGUUGCAUCUGACGGUGGGAGUGGAGCUGUAGCCUUCAUGCAGAUCUUGGACAGCUUGCAGAAGAGACAAAUGAACACAGAGUUGUGUGAGAGGAUAAGGAAGGUUUAUGGAGACUUAGAAUGUGAAUAUUGUGGAGCCACAAAAAUUGUUCCUGUUGAGGCUGCUCCCCAAGAAAGUGAACCUACAAUUCCAGAGGCAACAGUUCAAGACCCGUCACAACGAAGAGGAUAUCAAGAAUAUGCCAUUCAGCAAACCUCAUAUGAACAGGCAAUGAAAUCAAGCAGGUUGGGUCCAACUCAACUGAAGAUUUUUACAUGUGAAUACUGUAACAAGGUGUUCAAAUUUAAACACUCCCUCCAAGCACAUUUGAGGAUUCAUACAAAUGAAAAGCCUUACAAGUGUUCAUACUGCAGUUAUGCCAGUGCAAUCAAAGCCAACCUUAAUGUUCACAUGCGGAAACAUACAGGGGAGAAGUUUAGCUGCGAUUAUUGUACGUUCACCUGUCUCAGCAAAGGCCAUCUCAAAGUCCAUAUUGAAAGAGUUCAUAAGAAGAUUAAGCAGCAUUGUCGCUUCUGCAAAAAAAAAUACUCAGAUGUUAAAAACCUGAUCAAACAUAUCAAGGAAACGCAUGACCUUCAAGAUAAAAAGGUGAAGGAUGUUUUUGAUGAGCUUCGUUUGAUGACACGAGAGGGCAAAAGACAACUUCUUUAUAACUGCCAUAUUUGUGAACGCAAAUUCAAAAAUGAGCUUGAUCGAGACCGUCACAUGCUUGUUCAUGGUGAUGAAAGGCCCUUUGCUUGUGAGCUCUGUGGUCAUGGAGCCACUAAAUACCAAGCCCUUGAGCUUCAUGUUCGAAAGCACCCAUUUGUAUACGUGUGUUCCGUGUGCCUGAAGAAAUUUGUCAGUUCUGUAAGACUCCGUGCUCACAUCAAAGAUAUGCAUGCAGAUUUGCAGGAAACUUCCGUUUUUAACAGUUCUAUCAAUCAGAGUUUCUGUCUGCUUGAGCCAGGAGGUGAUAUCCAGCCGGAAGCCCUUGGUGAACAGCUGGCACAAAGUGCGGAUAAAUUGACUAUCGUGAGUACUGAUGCUAUUAACAUACCACAACCAUCUGCUUCUAAAGGUGAAUCAACAGCUGCAGAUGUAAACCAUAAUGGUCAACAUAAUGGUGACUUAAAAAUUGAUACGGUUCCUUCCUUAAAAUUUGAAAAUCCUCUGGUGGAGAAUGUAACAGAGACGUUGUGUCAGUCAGCAGAUAUAGCAGUCCCAAAUAUUCAAUCCUGUGUAGCAUCAGAUUGCUUUCUGCUGAAAAACGGUACUUCUGGUCCUGACGAGUUACAAGUUUCUCCUGCAAAUAAAGAGGAAGUUAAUCACUCCAGUUCUGAAAUGCAGCUUUUGCUGUCUGAAGACAAAAGUUUAAAUCCGAGUCAGAACAAUGUAGUGACUGAGAACCUUUCAGUCUCUGAAGAGAGAAAUGAAUCUGUUCCUUAUAGUGAAUCAGAAACAAGCAAUCCACCAAUUCAAAAUUCAGCAGAAACCACAAACCCUUUGCCGGCACCAGAAGCUAAUGCAGCCAUCAGUCCACAGGCAGCCUCUUCCAAUUCAGUUGCAUCUGACGGUGGGAGUGGAGCUGUAGCCUUCAUGCAGAUCUUGGACAGCUUGCAGAAGAGACAAAUGAACACAGAGUUGUGUGAGAGGAUAAGGAAGGUUUAUGGAGACUUAGAAUGUGAAUAUUGUGGCAAGUUGUUUUGGUACCAAGUGCAUUAUGACAUGCAUGUUCGUACGCAUACUCGAGAACAUUUAUAUUACUGCUCCCAGUGCAAUUAUUCUUCCAUCACCAAAAACUGCCUUAAGCGUCACGUCAUUCAGAAACACAGUAAUAUUUUGCUGAAAUGUCCCACAGAACAUUGCGACUACUCUACACCAGAUAAAUACAAGCUCCAGGCACAUCUUAAAGUUCACACAGAACUGGAUAAAAAGAGUUAUUCCUGUCCUGUGUGUGAGAAGUUAUUUUUUGAAGAUCGUCUUAUAAAAUCUCACAUCAAGACAAAUCACCCUGAGGUUUCAAUGUCUACUAUUUCUGAGAUUCUUGGCAGAAGAGUUCAGCUGAAAGGACUUAUUGGAAAACGAGCUGUGAAAUGUCCCUACUGUGAUUUUUAUUUUAUGAAGAAUGGAUCAGAUCUUCAACGUCAUAUUUGGGCUCAUGAAGGUGUAAAACCAUUCAAAUGUUCUCUAUGUGACUAUGCCACUCGCAGCAAGAGUAACUUGAAAGCCCAUAUGAAUCGUCACAGCACUGAGAAAACACACCUUUGUGAUAUGUGUGGGAAAAAGUUCAAAUCAAAAGGCACUUUGAAAAGCCAUAAACUCCUUCAUACUGCUGAUGGAAAGCAGUUUAAAUGUACAGUGUGUGACUAUACAGCUGCACAAAAACCACAGCUCCUACGGCACAUGGAACAACACGUCUCUUUCAAGCCUUUCCGUUGUGCACAUUGCCACUACUCCUGCAACAUAUCUGGUUCCUUGAAGAGGCACUACAACAGAAAGCAUCCUAAUGAAGAGUAUGUAAAUGUAGGUUCUGGGGAGCCUGCAGCAGAAGCCCUUAUCCAACAAGGUGGCAUUAAAUGUCCAGUUUGCAGCUUCGUGUAUGGUACAAAAUGGGAGUUCAACAGACAUCUUAAAAACAAGCAUGGAAUGAAGCUGGUAGAACGUGAUGGGGACACCAAGUGGGAGGGUGAAAGACUUGAUCCAACAGCUGUAAACAUCCUCCAGCAAAUCAUUGAGUUGGGUUCAGAAACCCAUGAUGCCACUGCAGUUGCUUCUGUAGUUACCAUGGCACCUGGCACUGUAACAGUGGUAAAGCAGGUAAAAGAAGAGGAACAAUCAGCCAAUCACACUUUGAUGAUUCAAGAGACACUGCAGCAAGCUUCAGUGGAGCUGUCUGAGCAGCAUCACCUGGUUGUCUCAUCAGAUGGAGUGCAGGGAAUUGAGACAGUGACUGUCUAUACGCAGGGAGGAGAGGCUUCAGAAUUCAUAGUUUACGUUCAGGAAGCUAUGCAGCCUGUCGAAGAACAAACUGUGGAGCAAUCGAUGCAGGAGCUCUAGAGAACAGUGUUCAAAGGAGAUGGCUACUUGAUUUGCAAAAGCCAAAAGUCUGGGUUUGUUUUCCUAGUGUUGUGGUUUGAACUCCGCUGGUAGCCAGUCACCAUGCAGCCAGUCACUUACAUUUCCUUCCUCCCUGGUAAAAUAGGAGAGGGACAAAGAAAAAGGGAGAAUUCUUAGCUUGAAUAAUAA